UCUCUUAUUUCAAGUAAAUUAGGGUGAUAGCAUUUGUGUAAACAAGGUAGAAUAAGUGGAGAUAUUAGUACCCUAAAGAAAGAAUACACAGAAACUUUAGAAGACAGAUUUGGACCUUUAGAAGUAGAGUAAACACCCACUGUCAUUACAGUCAUAUCUCCUGUACACCUGGUGACGAAGCUUGGAUAACCCGCAUUCAAGGACAGCAGUUUGGGGCCUCUGGAUGUGCUAUCCAUUCUAACUGGGGGCUUUGUCAUGGAUGCAGAAUAUCGCUUUUGGUAAUGUUUGUAAAAGUGGCAAAGGGUGCAUUCAGUCUAAGUGCUUUGCAAUUGAUGGUUUUGUUGUUGCAGCAUUUAUGUUGUGUUAAGGUGAAUGCUUAGGAUUUUUAUGUUUAUUUGAUAUAGAUCGUUAUAAUCAUUUAAGUGACAGAUCAGCUCACCAAAGAGAUAAACAGGAUAGAAGCAAAGUGUGCCAAAAAUAAAGAAAAAAAGACUCCAUUUGUGAAUGCAGCUUCGAUUUUCAAAUUUCUGGAGUCAUGCAUGUACAAAGUAGCUGACAUCACCUGUUUGCGCAGUUCAGAUUUUGAUGGAGAUGUCAUUCAAAAAUGGCAAACUAUUUCAGCAUCACUGGUAGUUUGGGUAAACCAUAGCUUGGCCUCUGGAUGUAGCAUGUUUCCACAUAAUUCUGUGUUUUGAUGAAUUCUCUCGUCAGGGAGAUUAUUGCUGUUGUGUGCAUGAUCUGGAAUGCUUCUGGUUUCUGUAAGAUGCAUGAAAGAAUAGCAGACAGAGUUUUAGUAAAGAUGCAAGACAGGGAAUAUAAUGUUAUUUAGGAAUAUGAGGGCAGUGGUAGGUACUUUUUAGAUUUAUUUAGAAACAUUUUACGUUGUGUCUUUUGUCAUGGUAGGUGAAUUUUACUGCAAAAAAAUCAGUUUUUGUGAUUAAUUUCAUGCAGACCUUCAAAGAUGUAAUGAUAUUUCUUUUUGUAUAAAGAAAAUAUAUAGUUAUAUAGGAAUAAGUUCAGUUGUUUACAAUAAAGUUUUAUUUAGGAGAUGCUUUCUUUCAGUAGUAUCGUUAUUUUGUCAGUAUUUGGCUUAUAGAAUUUGCUAUUCUCGCUUUACAAUUAACUCUCAAGUUAAUGGAAAUAGUGAGAAUUUGCUAGGAAAGGAAAUUUAAUGGAAAUAUUGAGAAUUUGAGAUGUAUGUGUGGAAGAAACUUAAAUGAUGAAGGGAAAAGAAAAGAUACAUAUAUACGUACCAUCCAUCGAAAUGAUAAUCAGAACCUAUGACUUAAGGAUAGUUAUAAAGGGAGUAAUGAGUAGAAUUUGCUAAACCAUCUCUCACUCCUGCCCUCCCUAACAGCAACGACACCAGGAGCAGCUGGUGAAGACUGCCUCGAAGACAGUGACGUUGAGAUAUACCUGAACCAGGUAACUGCCCUGCACCGCCUGGCCUUUGCGGAGCUCCUGUUGGCCCAGCAGCUUGUCCCGUCAGAUCGAGUCACGCGAACCUUUGAGCUGAUCCUGCGUGACCCCAUGGACCAGUUGGUGGCUGAGGGAGAGAGCUUGGCAGGUCAAGCCCGCAGGAGUGUGGGCAGAGGUGACCACCAAGCUGUGCUGUCAGUCUUGGCAAUGCUGCGGCAUGUAACAAGCAUGCAACCUGAAUAUGACCGGCUCCUCACCAACUGCCAGACAUCUAUUCGCUCCAAGUUUGCUGCCAUUAUCAGCAUGCUCCAGGAGACGUGUGUCAAGGCUCUGGAAGGCUUUGUGGAAAGCGUCAAGAGCGAUGGGGAACGUGCCCUGCCCAAAGAUGGAACAGUUCAUGAGGUCACAAGCAAUGCGCUCAUCUUCACAGAGCAGCUCCUGGAAUACGCAUCAACCUUGUCCCCAAUGCUGCAGCGCGAUCAAAGCCUCAGUGCCGCUCUUGCAAACCUGCCCAGGGGCCUGGACCAGAAUCUGCUGGCAAAGGCACUGCUUGGGGCUUAUAUCAAACGAGUUCUCGUGAAUUUAGGUCUCGCUCUCGUCAGCCGGAGCGAGUCCUACAGCGACACGACCCUGCGCUCCAUCUUCCGCCUCAACAACUACCACUACAUUCUAAAGACAUUGCAGAACUCCGAGCUGUUGAACCUUGUUGCCUUGGUUGAACCCCAGUGUGAUAAGAUGUACAAUGACCAGAUCAUGGAGCAGAAGAAGUUGUACUCGCAAAGUUGGAGUAAAGUACUACACUACCUGAAUCAUGAAGAUGUCCCCUUAUCUGUAAUACAAGCUGGGAAGCUGCGAGACAAAGACAGACAACUUAUCAAGGACAAGUUUUCAGGUUUCAACAAGGAGAUGGAGGAGAUGUGCAGAGUACAGCGGAGUUACUCCAUCCCGGACCGAGAACUGUGUGUCAGCCUCAAGAGAGAUAACAUGGAAUACAUUCUGCCAAAGUACCAGGUCUUCUACGAUAAGUAUGUCAACGUACCCUUCACCAAGAAUACGGAGAAAUAUGUUAAGUACAGCCCAGCAGACGUGUCGACCAUGAUUGACAAAUUCUUUGACGUGGCUGCGUAAGGGAGGUCUUGCCAGCGUGAUCUUCCAAUCAUAUUUUCUUCUUGACAGGAGGAUGAAAGUGCUGCAUUCUGUGAUAAUGUUAUAAAAUCUUCAAGGUCUAUUUCCUUACAAGCAGUGUUUUAGGGUAAUAUCAGGGUCCUUUUAUAGUAUUAAUUUGAUUUUUUUUAUGUUUGUAUUUAUUUAAUUUUCUGUCUUGUACUAAUAUUGGGUGCCCCGCAGAAUGAAGCUGUUCAGGAUACCAAGCUAGUUUAUUUGAAUGACUAUGUUUCUCUCUUUAAGUAAACUGAUGUGGUUUAUUUUGUUUAUUACAAUAUACUGUAUCAUCUUAGGACUGAUAUCAAAUAAACAUUUUACAUUCAGAAGGUCCUGUAUAUUACGUAUGACCGUCAUUCACAAAUAAAGUGUUCUUAUAAUGGCCUCAGAUAAUGGAAAUUUGAAGAUACGUUUUCUUGCAUAGCGUACAGCCUUAACCCUUUGUGUGUGGGACAUCAACUGUCCACUGUUAAUUUUGUUGCACACAGAUGAUUCGAUAAGUGCUCACCUGCCAAGGAGUCGGUUAGUAAGCCCUACAUGGUCUCACUCUAUUUCCCCAUUCCUUGAAUUUUCAGGAUUUGUUUUUCCAGUGUUAUUAAAAUUAAUACUGCUAAUGUAAAAUACUUCUAUUAAUGAAUAUUAUGAUAUUUUUAAAAGAAUAUUAGCUAUGAGAAAUAGAAAUUAGCAUUUCCAAAAAUCAAGGGAAAGGGUAAAGGUGUGAGAUAGGUUAGCCUAGUAAUUGACUCCUUGGCUAUUGAAUACUUGUGUAGUCGCCUACGUGUAUCAAUCAGUAAACUAACAUCACAUUGGAAUUGGCUUGUAUGACAUGUCAUCCCAGCCCUAAGAUUUGUCAUAUGAUUGCUCAGUCUCACAUAGUUUGAAAGAAUUUAAUAUAACUGAAAUAAGAAUAUGUGAGGUUAUCUAAGUAUAAUUUUCCACAAAUCCAACCGUAUAAUAUUCACUUGAGAGUAGGAAGCAGUCUACACAAUAUAGCCAUGAAACAAUGAAUACUUUAGAGAGGCCACAAGGUGCAUUAUAAAGAAUUUAGCUUCAGUUCCCAGAACCAGAACUUAAAUGUAAAUGACUUUGUUAUAUUACCAAUUCAAUCUGUCAAUCAUCUUCAGUUGUAGCAAUAGAAAGAAGGCAUUUAUAGAUAGAAAUGUAAUUGAAAGCUUAGAGAUAAGUCUUUCUUCUUUGUUUUUCCUUUUGCAUUGUAUGUUUAAAACUAUCCUCAUUUCUUUGGAAGAUGUGGUUCAUGAUUUUAGUAAAGGAUAUAAAGUGCUUUCUCUCCAUGGAGUUUAGGUGACAAAAUUAUUAUACCAAAUUAUAUAUAUAUAUAUAUAUAUAUAUAUAUAUAUAUAUAUAUAUAUAAAAUUCUUUUAUGAUAGUUCCAUAUUUGUUUUUGCAACCAUGUAUAUUUUUAUAUAUAUCUUGUUUCUUGAAGGAUCUCAGAAAAUUCUGAAGAGUCAUAUACCAUGAUCAAACUUUGACAUUUGCUUUGAUCCAGUAAUGUAUAGUAUAGAUAGAUAUAGGAAUUCAAAAGAAAAGGAUGUACAGAAUAGAGAUAGAUAGAUAGAUCCAUAUAUAUAUAUAUAAUGCAUAAUUUGCCUUUCUGCCUCUUUAUAGCAUUUAUUUGUCAAAUAAAAUUGUGGUACUGUGCAA